UUUUGUCUGUUUACAUUUGAGAGAUCUUGUCAAAAUUGGUGUCAUUGAAGAUUUCAGUUAUACUUGUACCAUACAUGUUCUAUUCAUCAGUUUCACCAUGUAAGGGUAUGCAAGAGAGUUGUGACACUCCACCAUUAUUUGGGUUGAACUACAUUUUUUUGUAUUCGCAAUGAUAGUACGUACAAUAAUUGUGUAUGUCUACAGAUUAUGUACCUGAGGGCUGCAAACAAUAAUCGGUCUGACACCACCUUAGCCUUCUUCAGCCAGGCUGUUCAGGAUUUUGGAUAUCCACUCAGAGUGCGAGCAGAUCAAGGGGGAGAGAAUGUUGGUGUUGCCCGUUUGAUGUUUACCGUGCGUGGACCAGACAGUGGCAGCUUUAUAGCUGGAAAAAGUGUCCAUAACCAAAGAAUCGAGAGACUUUGGCGUGACAUUUGGAUGGGGGUCACCAAUGUGUUUUACCACAUUUUCCACAUGCUGGAGGAAGAGGGCCUCCUCGAUCUAAGCAAUGCCACGCAUUUCUUUUGCCUUCACUAUGUUUUUCUGCCACGUCUUGAAGUAAACCUAGAUGUGUUUAGAGAAGGAUGGGACAAUCACCCUCUAAGAACGGAGCAGAACCUCACACCAAACCAGUUGUGGGAGGUUGGUCAGAUGCAACAUCCCAUUCCAAAUCCAGAGGAGAUGAACAUCCCUCAGAUUGAUUGGGAGGAAAGUGGGGAGGUCCCAGACCCACAUCUUGGAGUGAAUGUUCCUCAGCUGGGGAGCCCACUCACUCCUGAGCAACUGGCUGCAUUACAGCACCACAUUCAUCCUCUGCAGCCUUCAGAAUCCAAUGGUAUUGACAUAUAUAUGACAACCGUGCAGUAUGUUGAAGGUUUGCUGCAGGAACGUUAAGAUGCUACUUUCAUGUGAAAAAUAGAAAUCCUCAAAAAAAAAUUGGGUUGAUCAAAUAUUUAUUUUUCUUUCAAGUUUUCAACACAAAAACAGAACACGUAACCCAAGUUCAGAAAUCCUCACAAAUGAUUUUUUUUUUGGUCAGAAAUGUAAUCCACAGUACCUUGAUUUCUUUCUGUAUUGAGGUGUGUUGAAAAGUAUAACGUAGGAUGAUUGGUCAAAAAAUAAAUACUCCAAAAUAG